AUGAAUGUGCUUCAGAAGGCAAAGAAUUUCUACACCCAGCACCAGAACGUUCUGGGUUACAGCACCGUGUCCCUGGCGACUGUUGGCAUAGAGCAAAUCUUCUCAUCUGUGGUGUUCCAGUGUCCCUGCAAUUCUGCUUCUGAGAACAUGCUGUAUGGUCUUUCCUUCCUCUUAGCACCUGCCUUCAUCCUCUUGCUGAUCGGCUACAUGGUGAAUGCCAAGAUGUGGCUUCUGUUGACAGGCAAGUGCUCUCAGGAGAAGCAUCGCCAAAGCACUUCUGGGUCAACCUGUGCCUGCUUGUGCCAGCUGUUGCAGGUGACAGCCAAAGUCUUGGUGGCCCCGCUCACCUGGAUAGCCGUGGCCCUGCUCGGAGCCAACUACUAUGAGUGCGCAGCCAGUGGGAGCAGCCUGGCAGUGAAGUACUUCUGUAAAGAGAGUACAACUGACUGCCAACGCAACCUGACCAAAAUGCCCUGUGACAAGAAAUUAUCAGGAGAGAUAGCAAAUGGACGGCUCACCCUUCAGACACAGUCCCAGCUGUUUGGAUGGCUCCUGAUAGCUGCCAUCAUGACUGUGGCACUGAUUUCAACAUGUUUCAGCCACUGCUGCUCCACAACCAGCUAUCUUCAGCUCAAAUUCUGGAAAAUGUACUCAAAAACAGAACGUGAACUCUUUGAGACCAAAGCCAAAGAACAUGCAAAGAAUCUAGCAGAAAGAAAUACUGAAUGCUUUUUUGAAGCCACUGACCCAGCACCAUUUCAUACUCCCAGCAGAGAAGACUGGCGGAAGAUUUCAUUCUUGAAUACCUGUAAUUCACAAAAGAAGUAUUACAGCAUGUUACACAAGUAUGCGAACACCAACAUAUACAAAAGUAACAGCAGUUGGGCUGAGACCAAGGCUGAGUAA